GUACAUCAUGGCCCCUUAAUAACUAUUCUUAUUCUUAUUAUCUUAUUAUAUAUAUAUGCGUUUCACCAACAACAUUGAAAGCACAAAAGAAGCACAGAAAGCCAUGGCUGUGAGAGAGAUUGAAGAAGGAGUUGAUUCUAGAGAAAAUAAUAUUCCUUUAAAACAACACUUUGUGUUAGUACAUGGCAUAGGUGGAGGAAGUUGGUGUUGGUACAAAAUUAAGUGUCUUAUGGAGAAUUCUGGCUACAAGGUCUCAUGCAUAGACCUCAAAAGUGGUGGAAUUGAUCAAUCUGAUGCUGAUUCUAUUCUAACUUUUGAUGAUUAUAAUAAGCCUCUCAUUGAUUUCAUGUCAAAUUUACCUCAUAAUGAAAAGGUUAUAUUGGUUGGACAUAGUGCAGGAGGAUUGAGUAUUACUCAUGUUUGUCACAAGUUUGCAAAUAAGGUUGAUUUAGCAGUGUAUGUGGCAGCAACUAUGCUGAAGUUUGGAUUCUCAACCGAUGAAGAUCUUAAAGAUGGAGUACCUGAUUUAACGGAGUUUGGUGAUGUGUACGAGCUUGGAUUUGGAUUGGGACAGGAUAAGCCUCCAACUAGUGCUUUGGUAAAGAAAGAGUUUCAACGCAAAAUCAUAUAUCCUUUGAGCCCUCAUGAGGAUUCAACUUUGGCUGGAAUGCUGUUGAAGCCAGGGCCAUUGGUGGCAUUGACCAGUGCACGAUUCAAAGAGAAUGAUGAAGUGGAGAAAGUGGGACGUGUGUACAUUAGAACAAGACAUGACAGUGUGGUGAAAGCAGAGCAACAGGAAGCCAUGAUAAAUAAGUGGCCACCAGGUACUGUAUAUGAACUCGACAGUGACCAUAGCCCCUUCUUCUCUACACCAUUUCUACUCUUUGGUUUGCUUGUCAAAGCUGCUGCUAUUUUGACUUUGGAUGCAUCUACUUGAGAGACACUCACCAUGCUUUUGUUAUUAGCUCAUUAAUUUGUCAACACUAUUGAUUCUAUCGUCAUUAAUAAUUUAUCUAACUUUAUUCUAUCAGUUGAUCAUCAUUUAUAAUAAAAUUUG